AUGGCGGUGCUCGGUGGUUGUGCGUGGCUGCGCAACAACAGAAACAGAGCAACUAUUAACGUGCAACCGAAACCAAGGAGUUUAGGAGAACGAAAGAGAGAGAGGGAGAGGGAGGAUUACCGGAGGAUGGCGAGGGACGACGGUGGUCCGGCGGUGGCGCGACGGCGGCUGAAGGGAGGAGAGAAAAACGACAGGAGAGAGAAACGGCUGAGAGUAAGGAACGUGAAGGAGGUUUCACGUGAUAGCAUAUAUGAGAGAAUGAGGGUGUUUCCUAAUACCAGACAUAGAUUAUGCUUAUGGCACUUACAAAAGAAUGCUGUGUCAAGAUUUGGAGACUUAAAAGCUGAUAAUACCUUCAAAGACACAUUCAAGAAGUGCUUAUAUCGUUGUUACAAUGAAGAAGAAUUUGAAACCACUUGGUUUGACAUGAUUACUAAGUAUAACCUUCAAAAUCAUGAUUGGUUUACAAAUCUCUAUACAAUAAAAGAAAAAUGGUGUACGGCUUUGAACAAAGAUUUUUUCUCAGCUGGAAUAUUGUCUUCACAAAGGAGUGAGAGUACUAACAAUGCAAUUGGAUUUAAAGGGAACAAAUCAACUUCACUAACAGAAUUCUUUCACAUUUUUGGAGCAACAGUGGAUCGUUGGAGAUAUCAAGAAGAUCAAAAUGAAUAUGAUUGUGGAAAUGCUUUGCCUAAAUCUGAUUUUCCGAUGGUCGGAAUGAUAAAACAUGCAGCAAAUGUUUACACACUUACAUUGUUUAGAGACUUUGAAAAAGAAUUCAAGUAUGCAAUGGGUUGCAUCUCAAAUGUCAACUACAUCAAUGGAAAUUUCUUUGGUUACAAAGUGCAACAUGAAUCUUGGCCAGAACAUACUGCCCAUUAUGUAGCAUUUGAUCCAACAACAAAUUCCAUUAAAUGCACUUGUAGGAACUUCGAAGAAUCAGGAUGGCUAUGUUUCCAUGCAAUACGAGUUCUACAUAUACAUUCUAUAGUCAACAUUCCAGAGCAAUACAUUUCAAAAAGGUGGACAAAGUUUGCAAAAAGUGAAGUAUGGAAGAGAAUGGAACAUAGAGAAGAUAAUGGAACAGAAAAGAGAAAAAUUACUCCAUGGCGUUAUGAGAUGGCAAGAAAUUUGUACAACUUGGUUAUUAAAUGUCAAGGGAGUGAUGCAGCUAAAAAGGUUCUUAAAGAGGCUUAUGCUCAUGCUAACGAAAGCAUAAAUAAGGUUCUAGAAAAAGAAAAAGCAGCAGAAAAGGAGUCAGCACAAAAGGCACAAGACGAUGUUGAAGCACAACAAACCACAAUCAAUAUAGCACCGUCUACAUCAUCAUCAUCAUCAAAUGCACCACAAAUAAUAGUUGAAAAUCCACCACUAGUGAAGACAAAAGGAAGAAGUAAAAGAAAAAAAGGAUUCUUUGAGAUAAGGACAUCGUCAACAACACCUACAGAAUUUGGAACUUUUACACCAAAAGAACAACUUUUUUAG